AUGUUGGCUCUUCCACCUACAAGUGUACUUUUUGGGAAUGGGUUGAGAUACAAUUUUGACCCUGAUCGUAGAGGCACGGCGAUUCGAAUGGCAGCACCAUCAUCGGCUGUCUUCGCCGGCAAAUCCAAGUACAGAUAUGACGUUUUCCUCAGUUUCAGAGGCGAAGAUACUCGCCACUCCUUCACUGUUCAUCUCUACGAUGCUCUGCGCCGGAAGGGAAUCAACGCCUUCAUUGACGACAAGAAGCUUGGGAAAGGGGAGCGUAUCUCACCUACGCUUCUUAAGGCCAUUGAGAAAUCCAGAAUCUCGAUUAUUGUGUUCUCUAGGAAUUAUGCAACUUCCACAUGGUGCCUCGAUGAACUCGCUCACAUCAUUCGGUGUAAGAAGGAGAAGAACCAACUGGUCAUGCCCGUAUUUUACAAUGUGGAUCCGAUGGAUGUUCAAUAUCAGAGGAACAGCUUUGGAGAUGCCAUGGCUGCUCUGGAAGAUAGAUUCAGAGAUGACUUGAAGAAAGUGCGAAAAUGGAGAUCUGCUUUGUCUGAAGCUGCUAGUUUGCCAUCAGCAUGGCUUUUGGGAGAUGGAGAUGGAUGUGGGUUUAUUGAAAAGAUUGUUGAAGAUGCAUAUGCUAUGUUACCUCCUAAACGCUUGCAUUGCCGUGAGUACAUGGUUGGACUUGGGCCUCGCAUAGAAAUGAUGAAGUCACUUUUGGAUCAUUCUAAUGAUGGCAUUUGUAUGUUGGGGAUUUAUGGAACUGGUGGAGUUGGAAAAACAACCCUUGCAAAGGCUUUGUAUAAUUCAAUCUUCUACCAAUUUGAAGGCGCGUGUUUUUUGUUUGAUGUUAGAGAAGUGUCAAAGAAAUACCAGGGCAUUGUUCAUCUUCAGCAAACAUUAUUAUCAGAGAUUCUUGGGGAAAAGAAGACAAAGUUUGGCAGUGCUGAUGAAGGAAUAUCUAGAAUAAAACACAGGCUCUCUCACAAAAGAAUCCUAUUGGUUCUUGAUGAUGUUGAUGAGGUUGAACAGUUAGAAAAACUAGCAGGUGGGCGUCAUUGGUUUGGUUGUGGAAGCAAGGUCAUUAUAACAACAAGAAAUAAACAGUUGCUAGUUGUGUGUAAUGUUGAGAAAACAUAUGAAAUGAAGAGGCUAGAUGAUCAUGACUCUCUUGAACUCUUUUGCUGGCAUGCAUUCCGUUUGAGCCAGCCUCCAAAAGGCUAUGAAAAAAUGUCCAAACGUGUGAUGAGAUUUGCAAAGGGCCUUCCUUUGGCUUUAAGAGUAAUUGGCGCCAAUUUGGCACAUAAAAAUUUAGAGGAAUGCAGGUCUAUAUUAGAACAAUAUGAGAGGAUCCCAGAAAGAACAAUUCUAGAUGUACUCAAGAUAAGCUAUGAUUGCUUACAAGAUGGUGCCAAGGGUAUUUUUCUAGAUAUUGCUUGUUUCUUUAAAGAGGAGGAUUUGGAAUCUGUUGAAGAAAAACUAGCAGCUUGCGAUUUUGGUGCAAGGUUUUACAUUGAAGUUCUUGUUGACAAGUCUCUUAUAACUGUUGCUGAUAACGGUAACUUGGGCAUGCAUGAUUUAGUACAACAAAUGGGUAGAGAGAUUGUUAGGCAGGAGGCACCAUCAAAUCCCUGUAAACGCAGUAGAUUAUGGCAUUACAAAGAUGUUCUUAAAGUAUUGCGUGAAAAUCUAGGGAGCAGUAAUAUUGAAGGAAUAAUGCUUGAUCCGCCUCAACAAGAAGAAGUGGAGUGGAGUGGUAUGGCCUUUGAGAAGAUGAGUAAUCUCAGGAUUCUUGUGGUUCGGAAUUCACAAUUUUCAACCAACCCAAAGUAUCUUCCAAGUAGUUUAAGAUUGCUUGACUGGGCGGGAUACCCUUCUACUAUUCUACCACCAGACUUUUCUCCUAAGAAACUAGUUUACAUCAAAUUAUCUGGUAGUCUUUUUAGAUUGGAAGAGCCAUUCAAGAGGUUUGAAUGUGUGACAUAUAUGAAUUUCUCACACUGUAAAUUCAUAACUGAAGUACCUGAUAUGUCUCAAUUUCAAAAUUUAAGAAGAUUGUUAUUUACAAGGUGUCGCAAUCUCAUCAAAGUUCACGAUUCAGUUGGAUCCUUGUCUAAGCUCGUCGAAUUAAACCUUAGUGUGUGCAGCAGUCUUACAAGCUUUCCACGUGAAAUCAAUAUGGCUUCUCUUCAGAAGCUUCAUCUCAGUUAUUGCAGGAGUCUUGACUACUUCCCAUGUAUAGUGGGAAAGAUGGAUGCACUGAGGACAAUUUAUGCAGAAGGCACUGCUAUUAAAGAGCUCCCACCUUCCAUUGGAAAUCUUCCAAGACUCGGAUCUUUAGCUAUAAGCACCCACAAAAGUAUUAGGGAGCUUCCAAGCUGCUUAUUCACAUUGCAAAACCUUAGUCGGCUUAAUCUAAGUGGUAUUCAACCUCCAAGCAUAAAAUCUUUAAUGAAAUUAAUGCAAGAGAGCCAACCUGUUAUCAGCUGUUCAAACUUGGAGGCAUUAAAUCUUGAAAAUUGUUGUCUUACUCAUGAAGAUCUUCACCUAGCUUUACGUUGUUUUUGGAAUGUUCAAAAGUUAAUUCUUUCAGGGAGCAAUUUUGUUUCCCUUCCUGAGUGCAUCAAAGAGUGUGCGAAUCUGCAGACACUAGUGCUGAAUAACUGCAAGAGGCUUAGAGACAUACCUGAGUUGCCAUCAAAAUUGGAAAAUAUAGAGGCAGAGGAUUGUACAUCAUUAACUACAGAGUCAUUAGGCCAUCUAUGGUCUCAGGUUUUGUCAUCCCUUUUGUAUACUCGUUUUCUGUUGCUAUUUUGA